AUGUCCUAUGUUUUUGCUGGCUCCUUCUAUUCACAAUAUCCAGCCGAAAGUGUAGGCGAUUCCUCAUUUGCUUGCGAUACUACUUUACGAAAUGCUCAAUACGACAGUAAUCUUCAGUCACUUGCCAUUCCUGUGCCGGACGAAGAACAACCAAUUGUUGAUAUGCUUGAUAACCAAGUAUUCACACUACAGUUAGAUGUUUUCAACACGGCUAUAUCGUGUCAGGCAGUAUCAUUUGUGGAAAUUGUCGGAUCAACAACACUAUCACUUCCCAUGGCAUCCUGUAACAAUGUGAAUGGAGUAGUUUCUGCAACAAUCAUUUUACCUGGCCAUGACGCCACUAUUGAAGUAACAUUGACUAGUAUCCAGCUUGUUGGUGGCUUUCGUCUGGGUCUUUCAGGACCUAGCCAAUCCAACGAUUCGAGUACAUUGCAACAACUUAGCUUUUGA